UCUGCUUCUGCUUCAAUUGAUUCAUUCCCAGUUGCAAGAGUUUCAAUGAGGCUAUCUCUUUAUCCCGCUGCUGCAUUUACAUUUGCGUUGGAUCUCCUCGCGUUCGGCCUUUCAGUCGGUUCUUCGUCCACAAGUUAUCAUGAAACCAUGAUUUCAUCUGAUCACACCAGAAUCAGAUGCACUCCCAAGAGAGGAGGGGUAGCAAGCGGCUUAGCUAUCGGAGCUGCCGUGUGUUUGCUUCUCGGCCAAAUCACCGCCACAGCCGCCACAAAAUGCACUUGCUGUUCUUCGUCGCUUCAUCGACGCGGAUGCAAGAUUGCUGCAAUUAUCCUCCUCACUCUUUCCUGGAUCUCUUUCGUGAUCGCUGAGCUCUUCUUGAACACGGCGGCCAGCCUCAGUAGUUAUCAAGUGGAAAGGUUUGAAGAAUCUGGUUGCAGCACUGUUCUGCAAGGCGUGAGUGUUGUGGGUGCUGCUUUUACACUCGUCACUUUGCUGCUCAGCAUUGCCUACUUGUCCGUCUACAUGAGCGGCAUGAAGAAACCGAAGAAGAAGACGAGCACCGACGAAACAAGCCGGAUUGUUGAUAUGGAAGUCGCAAAACCAGUUUAGAUAGAAGCUGUAGGCUAGCGCUGUAUAAGAUCGAUGAUUCAGUUGACAGAGAUGUGCGUUUCUAGCACCACCAUCA